CUUGAACUUGUAGCGUCCCGACGAAGAAGAAGACGAGAAGAAAAUGUUAAAAAUCGUCAUGGAAGAUGCUGGCGACUUCUGGCAUUUGCUGUUAAUUUAAGACACUUGGAAUUCACUUGACGUCUGUUUACGAGUUGAAGAAAAUGCGAUUUGCACUGAAGAGGACUGUACCAAGUUCAAGACUGGACAACUAACAGGUUACGAUGACUGGGGCUUUUCUUGCUUGCAUCUCAGUGUAUUAGUGUGUGAGAGAGAGAGCGAGUGUGAGUGAAUGUGUGCGUGUGUGAGAGUCUCCCUGCACAGUGCUCUGUCCUUGUCCCUGCCUCCUGGCAGCCAGGAGCCACCCAGCAGCCGGUCUGUGAUUGGGUAGAGGAGCCGGGCUCUUGACACGGCGCGGUGCUGACUGCUUCAGGACGUGUUUCAACAGAUGGUCGAGGUUAGAGAGUGUCAUCACAUCGACAAGAGGAUUAGAGGAGAGAGGUUGUCUUCCAGGAGCUGUGUGGUCCCCAAUUCUUAAACCCUCAAUGAGCAAAGCGGGUGCCGGGGAAGAAACAGUAGAGGAACCCUCGCCUUGCCUCUCACCCUACCUGCUCUCUUGACCUUCAGCGGACCACGGCUGCCAGAGCAUCCUGGGUGUGAGUGUGUGGCCCCGCUGGACCACCUCAUCCCUGCCUCCUUCCUGAGUUCAGCAAAGAUUGAUCCGUUCCACGUCCCGUAAUCCCAGGCAUCAUGCGGACGCAGUGGCUGAUGUGGUUUGCCUUGUUGGCUUUCGACUUGGCUCCGGGCACCUUGGCCUUCACAACCACCAGAGCACAGCUGAGGGGUCGUAUCCAGAAAGACCGCAGGAACAUCCGGCCGAACAUAGUCCUCAUCAUGACUGAUGACCAGGAUGUGGAAUUGGGUUCUCUGCUGGUGAUGAAUAAAACGCGUAAAAUCAUGGAAGACGGAGGCACCACCUUCACCAACGCUUUCGUCACCACACCCAUGUGCUGCCCGUCACGUUCCUCCAUGCUGACUGGCAAAUAUGUCCACAACCACAACACCUACACCAACAACGAGAACUGCUCUUCUCCAUCCUGGCAAGCACAACAUGAGCCACGGUCGUUUGCUGUCUACCUCAACAACACCGGGUACAGGACAGCCUUCUUCGGCAAGUACCUCAACGAGUACAACGGCAGCUACAUCCCACCUGGGUGGCGGGAAUGGGUUGGAUUAAUAAAAAAUUCCCGUUUCUAUAAUUACACCGUCUGUCGAAAUGGCUACAAGGAAAAGCACGGCGCGGAUUAUGCCAAGGAUUACUUCACUGAUCUGAUCACGAACGACAGCAUCAACUUCUUCCGCAUGUCCAAAAAGAUGUAUCCUCACCGCCCUGUGAUGAUGGUCAUCAGCCACGCUGCCCCUCACGGACCUGAAGAUUCGGCUCCUCAGUACGCAGAGUUCUUCCCCAAUGCAUCCCAGCACAUCACGCCCAGCUACAACUAUGCCCCAAAUAUGGACAAACACUGGAUCAUGCAGUACACAGGUCCUAUGAAGCCUAUCCACAUGGAGUUCACCAACUUCCUCCACAGGAAAAGACUGCAGACGCUCAUGUCGGUUGAUGACUCUGUGCAAAAGGUUUAUGACAUGCUGGAGGAGAGCGGCGAGCUGGACAACACCUACAUCAUCUACACAGCUGAUCAUGGUUACCAUAUUGGUCAGUUUGGACUGGUCAAGGGGAAGUCGAUGCCUUAUGACUUCGACAUCCGCGUGCCGUUCUUCUUGAGAGGCCCAAAUGUCGAGCCAGGGGCAGUAAACCCUCAUCUGGUUCUGAACAUCGACCUGGCUCCCACCAUUCUUCACAUCGCCGGCCUGGACACCCCUCCAGACAUGGAUGGAAAGUCGAUACUUAAGCUGCUGGAACAAGACAGGACUGGCAAUAGAUUCAAACCCAACCGGAAACCCAAAGUCUGGAGGGACACAUUCCUGGUGGAGCGCGGAAAGAUCCUGAGGAAGAAAGAUGAUUCUGCGAACACACAACACACCAACAGUCUUCCCAAGUACAAGAAAGUCAAGGAAACCUGUCAGCAGGCAGAAUUCCUCACCGCCUGUGAACAGCCCGGACAGAAAUGGCACUGCAUUGAAGAGAUCACUGGCAAGUGGAGGAUUCAGAAGUGUAAAGGUGGCGCCAAAGAGGGCUCGAGGAAGAGAACCCGCAGCCUGAGAGCCCAUAGCACUUAUGAAAACAGAGAGGCAGGCUGUGAUUGUGGCGACACGUUCUUCAAACCCACGAGGACAGACCGCCGCUCCCAUCGACAGUUGUCUUCGUCCAACCAACGUUAUCGUCCACGAUUUGUGCACACUCGGCCUACAAGAUCCCUCUCUGUGGAGUUCGAAGGUCAGAUUUACGACAUCGACCUGCAGGCGGACGAUCAGUCGGCCGUUCGCCGCAUCACGAAGCGACACUAUGACGCAGAGGAGCCGGAAUUCGACAGAGCAUCGGACGACGGCUCGGAGGAGAUGCUGUCUGAUGACACAAACGCUGUGGGAUAUCCCAACUCUGUCAAAGUGACCCACAAGUGUUACAUUCUGAUGAACGACUCUGUCCACUGUGAAAGAGAAAUCUACCAGUCGUCCCGAGCGUGGAAGGACCACAAGAGUUACGUCGACCAGGAGAUCGAAGCUCUUCAAGACAAAAUCAAGAAUCUGCGGGAAGUGCGUGGCCAUCUGAAGAGGACGCGGCCGGACGACUGUGACUGCGCCAAGAAGGGCUAUUAUAACAAAGAGGACAGGAACAAGGGCGACAGAGUGAAGAGCAGAAAUGAUCAACUUCAUCCCUUUAAAGAAGCUGCCCAGGAACUGGACGGGAAGGCCCAGCUGUACAACGAGAUCCGCAGACGAAAGAAGGAGAGGAAGGAGAAGAAGCGGCAGAGGAAGGGAGACGACUGCAGCCUCCCCGGACUGACCUGCUUCACGCACAACAACGACCACUGGCAGACCGCGCCGCUCUGGACCCUGGGAGGUUUCUGCGCGUGCACCAGCUCCAACAACAACACGUACUGGUGUCUGAGGACCAUCAACGACACUCACAACACCCUGUUCUGUGAGUUCUCAACUGGCUUCCUGGAGUUUUUUGAUCUCAACAGUGACCCGUACCAGCUGACUAACACGGUACACGACGUGGACCGGGAUGUUCUGAACAGCCUCCACGCUCAGUUGAUGGAGAUGAGGAGUUGUCAAGGUUACAAGCAGUGCAACCCUCGACCCAAAGCCGUGGACACAGCUCGCUGCCUCUCUGGGACGGACGACAAGGUUAAACUGCCCAACCUGACGGACCAGGACGUGAACUGGCAGGGUCUGGAGGAUCUGUACAGCAUCAACGAAAGCCUUUACGAGUGUCGGCCCGACUACAGCCCCGGCCCCGAGGACUGGGCCAACUUUCAGAAGGAUGUAGAUAAUAUGUUUGCACUGCCACACGCUUUAAACGACUCGAAACAAACCCCGAGGCUGGGUGACUGGGCCCUGCCUGAGCCGGGCUCCGGGGCUGAGGAGCUGGAGUCAGGCAGUGGAGAAGCCUGGAGCGGCACUACCACCCCCGACCUCAGCGCGGCGCCACCAGCCGCCACACUGGAGACGGCGGCCAACGAGCUCCCAGAGGCGCCACCAGGCGUCGCCAGAGACUCGGCCUGGAGCGACUCGUGGGUGCGGCAGCUGGAGGAGGUGGACGGCGAGGUGUUUAGCGGCAACGGAAUGACUGAGUUAGGGAGCAGACACGACAGUCUGCUGCGCACUCACAGCAGCCUGCAGGGGCAGCUGCUCGCAGGCUCCGCCCACCCAGCGGGAGGCAGUCCAGGCCCCGGUCUGGACCGUGAGGAAGAAGAGGAGGAGGAUAUCUUCCAGGCCCAAGGCUUCCUCCCUUUCUCCACACAGACGCUAAAACCUAAAGUGCAGGUUGGCACCACCAGAGCCCCCCUCUCCAUACAGACUACCAUCGCCCCCCACAGUACAGGGCUGGUACUGCAGUCCGCCUCGCCCCAAACCUCGGACAACGAGGGCAGUGGCUUCCUGUCCUCUAGUUAGACGCCCCGGCUGCUGGUCGCCACAGAGACAAUGUUUUCAGAGUGGGGAGGGGCGGGGGGGUUUGUAUAAGGAGUAUUAAAAUUUAUUUUUUUACAGGUGCCUACAUUUACUAGCCAACAGUGUUAUUGUCUUUAAUAUAUAUAUUUAGAGAAGCGCCUUAAUGCAGCUAAGUGUUGAGAUUAAGCCAAACUCCCGUACUUGGAUCAAAUCUUCAUGUUCGAGUGGUCAGACCAUCUCACGCCUCCAGCUCAGCGUCACGCAUCAGAACCCAAGCUGCCACUGUCGACCCCCUUUUGCACUUUUCCAGCCUUCAUUUUAAUAGGUUUUAGGUCUGGAAUUUAAUUGUUAGGAAUUAUUUAAAUAUUGACUUCGUCGGGCAAAUCUGCAGGCAAAAUUUGAAUUUUGCAGCUUUGGAACAAGCAGACUGCUUUGAAUUCACUGUUUCACUUGUGUCACGAGUUCCCUCAAGUUUGUCACGUACAGGAGCACAGUCGGGUGCAACUUCAUGGUGCUGGUUUUGGACUGUGGCGUUCACGUGGUUCGACUGCCCUCUAGUGUUGCUGAUCUGUCACUGCAUCGCAGUCACAUCUGAAGAGUCUGUCAUGAAAUAAACCCUCU